GUAAAAAACUGGAGGAGAAGGAACUGCACAGGGACAGGGAGGAACCACGUAUAAUUUGCAGGCCUCAAAGAAGAUCACGAUUCUUCAAGAGUACUACGCUCUUGUGGUUGCCUUCACGACCGCCAUUGACGCCUUUUUUUCACUGCGCUCCACGUAUCAUCAGAAAGAAAGCGAGGUAUAAGGGUGGGGGAAAGGGAAUUUCUCUGUACAUAAUCAUUACCAUCAAGCUAAUUGGUUGUGUAGAGGAGCUGCGCUUCUCCAAUUGGACUGGAGGGUGAUCAAUCGCGAAGAUCUUUGCUCUGUUCCGUUGAAAGUGCUCUCUCCUGUUGACUUUUUCCGUUUAUUUUUUUGGCGGUGAAACCUGAUGGCUCGAAGGUGUCUGGUUCUGUCUCUGGUUUGCCUUUCUUCCUUUUUUGCAUUGCUCGAAGGAAGCCCCGGCGAUGCCGAUCCGGUUUACAAGGGCUGUGUAGAGCAAUGCCAGAAGACUGGAUGCGUGGGGACCAAAUGCUUCCAGCACUGCAAUUUUUCGUUCAAUGGAAACCCCGUUGACGGCCCAUGGUAUCUACAGGAACCGCUUUAUGUACAGUGGAAGCAGUGGGAUUGCUGCAGCGAUUGCCGUUACCAUUGUAUGCUUUCUAGAGAGGAAGAGAGGCGAAAGCUCGGGCACAAGCCUGAUAAGUACCACGGGAAGUGGCCAUUUAAGCGCGUCUAUGGACUCCAGUUUAUGCGAUCAGGAACCCGUUUCUGUGGCACUGUCGGCGCUCAAUCUUGCAGUGCAGUUUCACGGGUGGGUGUCCUUUUUCAUUCUCAUAAACUACAAACUGCCUUUCCGGCCAAACAAGACAGCAUAUUAUGAGUAUUCCGGGCUUUGGCACGUAUAUGCUAUCUUCGCCAUGAAUACCUGGUUCUGGAGCGCUGUUUUCCACAGUCGAGAUGUUGAACUGACGGAGAGGCUGGACUGCUCAUCUGGUGUGGCAUUAUUGGCAUACUCGCUGUUUCUAGCCAUCGUACGCGCCUUCAACAUAAGAGCUGAGGCUGCGAGAGUCAUGAUCGCCACACCUAUAUUCGCUUUCAUGAUAACUCACAUUUUGUAUCUGAACUUCUACGAUUUCAACCUUGGGUUGAACAUGAAAGCUUGCAUGGCAAUGGGAGGGGUGCAGAUGGUGGUGUGGGCGGCGUGGGCGGGCGCCACCCGUCAUCCCUCCCGGAGGAAGCUGUGGAUGGUGGUGCUCGGAGGAGCUCUGGCGCUGCUGUUGGAGAUAUGCGAUUUCCCGCCAUAUUGGGGGCUGGUGGACGCUCACGCGGUGUGGCACGCGACGACGGUGCCGGCGACGUAUCUGUGGUGGAGCUUUGUUAGGGAUGACAGCGUGUUCAGAACCUCUGCUCUGGUGAAGAAGACCAAGUAGAAAGAAAGAAGGCUUUUGGUCGUGUGAUAGAUGAUGAUGAUGCACUGCCUUUCUAUUUAUUUGAUGUUUUAUAAGUCGUGUGUUUUAAUUUCCAGUUUUUGCUCACAUGGAUUUAUUAUGCUGUUCUUGGAAUGGCAUUUUUAUGUCUUUGUGGGUUGGGAUGAUGAAUGGUGAUAAAAUGGGCCUAAUUGGGCCUUAGUUAGUUUGAGUUGCCAAUUUGAUCGCAUUUGAAA